CAUUUGUUAGAGCGAUAUGUUCUAUAGACAAUAAAAUCAAUCCGGAAAACCUUUUCCUCUAUGGUCCCAUUUUAAGGGCCAAAUUUAUAAAUUUGAGCAAACUGUUAACAAUACGUAACGCCGCGGUCGUUAUAAGGUAUAGUAAUAGCCGCGAUAUGCCGCGGGCAGACUCGGCGGCACCGGCUCCAUCCACAGCGACACGGCGGCCGACGCGACGUUACCGCACACACUUUCGAGUUUCGCAGUUGGUAGGUUCUCGUACUGGUACAUGCAAGCAGUGGUGAGAGAUCGCAUCUGAAGCUGAAGCUUGGCGGUCGGAGGCUGUCCCCUCGCCGCCCGCCGCUCGCCACCCGCCGCCCGACGCCCGACGCCCGACGCCGCCGCUGCGCGCUCGCUCUAUCGCUUCGUCAGUCGGACUCGCGCCGUUGUCGCGACGCUACGUAACGCGUCAUCACUGACCGCGACGGGAACGCACCGCGCGACGCGAGCCCUCGCCGCUCGUAACCACACACGCGACGCGAUAUAUUUAAUUUUAAUUCAAACUUACCUGAAACAACUUUUAAUUUUUUUUUAUAACUGGUGUAUAAGAUUGCAUUAAAUUACACUUAAUAAUAAUAAUAAAAAAAAAAAAUAAAAAAAAAUCCUGUGUGAAAUACUAAUAAAGUACGAAACAUUGAAAGUUGAGGUAGGUAGGUAUUGUUGUUGAGAGUGAGUGUUGUGCCGCCGGUCGCGAAGCGCGGGGAUGGUGCGUCUGAGGAUGUGCGUGCGCGUGCGGUGCGGGGGCGCGAGCGGCGCCAGCACGCGCGGCAGGUGAGGCGGCGCCGGCGCGCGGAUGAGUGCGCGGGCGAGCGGGCCGCGCGCGCUGCUGCUGCUGGCGAGCGCGCUGGCCGCGCUGGCGGCGGCGGCGUGCCCGGCGCCGGCGCACGACGGCGACGCCGGCGCCGGUGCCGGCGCUGCGCCCACCGCCAGCGCGCUGCCGGCCGGCUGCGCCUGCAUCGACGGCGGCGCUAGGAUGGACUGCCGCGCUGCCGGAUUACGCCGCUUGCCUCCACUACACAGCAACCUUCUUUCACUAGACGUGUCAAAUAACAACAUAAGCACGCUGCCGCGGGACGCCCUCGAGCCCGCCGUCGCACUUCGGGACCUCAACCUGUCGUCCAACCGGCUGGAGUCGGUGGCGGCAGGCGCGCUGAGCGGCGCGGCGCUGGCGCGGCUGUGGCUGGACCGCUGCUCGCUGCGCCGGCUGCCCGCGCACGCGCUGCGGGACGCACACCGCUUGCACUACUUGUCAGCGGAGGACAACUACAUGAGCGAGGUGGAGAGCGGCGCGCUGGGCGGUGCGCGUGCGCUGCGCACGCUGCGGCUCGCGCGCAACCUGCUGCGCGCCGUGCCCACGCACGCGCUCUCGUCACUCGCCCACCUGCAGACGCUGAACCUGGCGGGGAACUUGAUCAGCGAGUUGACGGACUCCUCGCUGCCGCCGUUGCCCGCGCUGCAUACCCUGUUGCUGAAGCGGAACCGGAUCACGCACAUCGAGGAUCGCGCCUUCGCCAACACGCCCUCCAUACGGGUCCUGCGAUUGGAAGAGAAUCUGCUGACGGUGGUGCCGGUCGCCGUGCAGCUGCUGCCACUGCUGGAAGAUUUAUCAGUGGCGAGCAACCGCGUGGAGACGGUAGAGGUGGGCACGCUACAGCCGUGCCGACGACUGGCGCGGCUCGAGCUGCGCGCCAACCCUCUAUCCAACCUGCACCACCGCGCCCUCGAGCAUCUGCCCUACCUCACCACGCUCGUGGUGUCGGAGUCGCGCGGGCUGCGCGAGCUGCCGUCGCUGAACGGGUCGUCGCGCGUGCGCGCGCUGCACGCCGAGCGCGCGCGCCUGGCGCGGCUGCCGCGCGACCUGUGCGCGCACGCGCCGCAGCUGCGAGCCCUGGACGUGAAGGGGAACCAACUGGAGCACGUGCCCGACCUGCACGACUGCACUGAACUGCGAGUACUGGAGCUGUCGGACAACAGCGUGCGGUCGCUGGGCGGCGGCGCGCUGCGCGGGCUGGCGCGGCUGCACGACCUGCUGCUCGCGCGCAACCGCCUGCGCCGCGUGCCGCGCGACGCCUUCGUGCACACGCCGCGCCUGCAAGUGCUAAAUCUCGAGGAAAACCAAAUAGAGCACAUCGAUAUGGAAGCAUUCGUGCCGAUCUCCAAAUUAGAAGACUUGAACGUGGGUAACAACGUGUUCCCGUGGCUGCCGGCGAGCGGGCUGCAGCGGCUGCUGCACCUCAAGGCGCACAACAACCCCAACCUGAGGCACUUCCACCCACCAGAACUCUUUCCCAAUAUACAGACGCUGGUGCUGUCAUACGCGUACCACUGCUGCGAGUUCAUGCCGCUGAUGGAGGACAGCGGCGAGCCGCCGGAGGAGGAGGGGCUGAGCGACUUCGUGCUGGUGCCACCGCACCACGUCGACCUCGCCGCCUGGGCCAACGUCACUGACAUCUGGCCGCAUUACAUGAACGCAACGGGUACGAGCGACGGGCGCGUGCGGGCAGCGCUAGCGAGCAUGGCGGCGGGCGGCGCGGCGGGCGGCGGCGCGCUGUGGGCCGUGGGCGGCUACGCGGCCGGCGCGGUCGGCGUGGCCGGCGUCGCCGACCCGCGCCGCGCCACCGAGCUGCGCGGGGACGGGCCGCGCCGCGUGCAGUGCCUGCCGCUACCGGGUCCUUUCCUGCCCUGUGUCGACUUAUUCGAUUGGUGGACCCUCCGGUGUGGCGUGUGGGCGGUGUUUCUGCUGGCCCUGCUCGGUAACGGCACCGUGGUGUUCGUGCUCGUGUUCAGCCGCAGUCGCAUCGACGUGCCGCGCUUCCUCGUCACUAAUCUCGCUGCUGCAGACUUCUUUAUGGGCAUCUACCUCGGUUUUUUGGCUGUAGUAGACGCCGGCACGCUAGGCGAAUUUCGAGCGCACGCUAUCGCUUGGCAAAUGUCGGGUGGCUGCCGGUUAGCGGGCUUCCUGGGCGUGCUGUCUUCCGAGCUCUCAGUAUAUACUCUCGCUGUGAUUACACUCGAACGCAACUAUGCGAUCACACACGCGAUGCAUCUCAACAAGCGACUGUCGCUGCGACACGCGGCCGUAGUGAUGGCCGUCGGCUGGGCGUUUUCACUAAUAGCCGCUGCGCUACCACUAUUCGGCGUGUCCGAUUAUCGGAAGUUCGCCGUUUGCUUACCGUUCGAGACGAGUACACCGGUAGCGUUGGGCUACGUCGUCGCGUUGCUCGUGAUCAACGGCGUCGCCUUCCUUGUACUGCUGGGAUGUUAUCUCAAAAUGUACUGUGCGAUUCGGGGGUCACAGGCCUGGAACUCGAACGACUCGCGCAUCGCCAAGCGGAUGGCGCUUCUCGUGUUCACCGACUUCCUGUGCUGGUCGCCGAUCGCCUUCUUCGCCCUGACCGCCGCCUUCGGCGCACGGCUCGUCUCCCUCGAGGAAGCGAAGGUUUUCACGGUGUUCGUACUACCGCUCAACUCGUGCUGCAAUCCAUUUCUCUACGCAAUUCUCACGAAACAGUUCAAGAAGGACUGCGCACUCGUGUGUAAAGCCAUCGAGGAGUCGCGGGUCACACGCGGUAUCGGCCGCUGCCGACACUCCUCCAACUUCAGCAACCGCCAGACGCCGGCGAACACGAAUAGCCUCGCGGAGAGAUCGUCGCGCGGGCAGCACGGCGCGGCAUGCGCGUGCCGGCGCCUGCUACCGCCGGGCGGCGCGGACGGCGGGCCGGCGCCGCGCCGCUCGGGCCGUGAACGUCUCAUGCGCUGGCUCACCGCCUGCCGCCGCGCCGCGCCCGCGCCCGUGCCGGCGCCGCGCCCGCCCGCCGCUGCGCCCGCUCGCGCCGGCUCGGUGUCCUCCUCGGUCGAGUUCUCGUCGUCGCGCUCGGAUUCGUGGCGCGCAUACGGCCGGCCGCCGCCGCCGCCGCGCCGCGCCGCGUCCUGGCUCGUCGCCCGCAAGACAUCGCAAGACUCGAACCUGUCGUCGUCGCGCAACGACUCUUCGGGAUCGAACGCGACCGCGUCGACGGGCACGUGGCGCACGUCGCGGUCGGGCGGCAGCGCGGCGGGCCCGGCGCGGCCGCGGCUGACGCGGCAGCCGGCCGUGUCGGCGGAGGAGCCGCCCGGCUCGCCCGGCCCGCUGCCGCCCGCCGUGCUGGCGCCGCGCCACCUGCACACGAUCCCGUCGGCCGCCGAGGCAGAGCAGCAGCCGGACGACUCGGACGCCCGCUGAUCGCCCGCUCGUCAGCGAUGUCACUUCAAAGACUGACCCCCCAAUAUCCACCGUCGAGUUUGACACCCGACGUCAUCCCGCCACCGUAAGAUAAUCCGCGGUCUUCGCGAGAUGCGGACCGCCCCGCCCGCCGCCGCGACCUCAUGGAGUGUCUUAUUUAACCGUCCAUUAGAACAGUUUUGCCGCCGGCCGUUUCGCCCGCACUCGACCGGGUGCACGAGCUUUCCGGUACAAAAGUUGACGACGAGUAUCCUUCGAAAUAGUGUUUACACUUAGUAGCAGGCCGUGCGCUAGCCGCAUACCAAUGUAGACAAAUAAAACGCUGUUUGAAUAUUUUGUACAGUAUUAAAUGUCAUGACGAUUAUUAUGAAACAAGUAUUAAAAGAAAAUUAAUAUAUAUUUAGAAAAUUUUAUGAAAUAAGAAUAUUUAUAAAUAUUGACAUCGGUUAGAUUAUAAUUACAUAAUUAUUUACAAUGCUGUAGGUGCAGAUCGUACUGUGUACGUAAAAUAAGUGAUAUUAUUGUACAUUUUAGAAAAAUAAGAGAUCGUUACAAUGUUACAUAGGCCUUAGCCUCAGCAGCCCGACGCAGUAUUCGAUUACCAUUAUUACUAAGUAUUGAUCGUUAAUAAGUUACAUUUUAUACGAGAGGAGUAUCGAGUGGGGGUCGAUUAAGAAGUUUGGAGCGAAAGUGGGCUUCAUCGCCCUCCCCCCGACGCCGCGACGCGGCGCUCCACACCGCCUCCUGUUUGUUACGUUACCUACGAGUUAUGGAGCACCUACCAAUAUUUAAGAACUGCGCUAGACGCAGUGUGUGUAUUAUAUAAUCAUACAUACUUCCUUUUUCUAUUUAAAAAUAAAUUACUUUUUUAUAUUUAUCAAAAGACAAGGUAGUUAUUUUUCUAAUAAAAGUUGACAAAAAAUUUAGAACCUCCGGUUUUUAAAAUUUAAAUACUAAUAAGGAAAAAUUGGUUCCGUAUUGGUAGGUUCAUUGUUUUUCGAAUUCUAUAAUAAAAGUCAAUUGAAACUACAAAUAAUAAAUACUUACAAAUAAACAUUGAAUUACAUUAUAAUACAAUUAUUUAGAAAUGCACUAUGCAUGGCACAUUUUGAAAAAACAUACAAAAUAAUUUGUUAACAUGCAACAUUAUACAAUUUAAAUAUAAAAUAAGAACACGAGGCGUGCCACUCUGUACAAUAAAGUAAUUACUAUGAAUUUGUUCGUUUAUAAUUGCGUACGUACCUCUAAGAUUAGAAGGGUGUACUGUACAUAGAGGUGUCUAUUUAUUGAUUCGUCCGAGCGACGCGUGAUCGACGGGUGUUAUUUAUUUAAUUUAUUGUAACCAACAAUAAAUAAAAUUAUUGUCUA